UCCGCCGGCACCCGCACGUUUCCUGUCGGAAUGUUUGCUCGGCGCUCCUCUGGGCUCCCUCUACCCUCCUCCCAGUUCCAAAGUUGCAGCGAGCGCGUCCACGCGGAGAGGGAGACCAUGGCUUCUCACAGUCCCUGUCUGCAUCUGCUGGUCUUCACCACAGUACUCACCUUCCUGGCUUUUACAGAUGUUUCCAGUGAGAGCAAACUUCAGAAAAUCCUGAAGAAAAGAGAAGCUCGGCCCGAGGCGGCGGCCUUGCCGGAGGCCGUCGCGGUCGCGCCCUCCAAGGCCAAAGAGUUCCUGACGUCGCUGAAGCGGUCCAGGAGGAACAUCUGGGACCGCAGUCGACCCGACGUGCAGCAGUGGAUCACCCAGUUCAUGUACAUGGGCUACGACGAGGCGACUCUUGAAACCCACCUGUCCUAUUGGAUGGACCAUUUCCGGUCAAACGACCAAGGUCGCCAGCACCACUACGACGAGAACUCUCCCAUUGGACCCCGUGAUUCAUCUUCUUACCGCCAUGGCGCCAACGUCAACUAUGACUAUUACUAGACUCCCCCCCCCACCCCCCCGACCAAGACGGUGAAGACAGCUAUGCAUUACAUAAGGAGCUGAGCCCCACCAUUGCAGAAGCACAGUACCCACGUCCCUGACCUUGCAUGCCAAGCCUAUAGUACCAAUGCAGAUGUUGCCAUAGUCUGUUUUCUACCGGCCCAGAAUGCCUGAAAGUCCAAUGCAUUAUGCAGUCUACAGUUAUAAUGUUCCUAUUUCUACAAGUGCUUUUUUGUAUACAACGCAUUGUGUUCAGUAAAAUAGGAGAGUUGUGUUGUUGUGGCCUCCCCUGAGUCAACAGAAUAAACUUAGAAGUGUUUUCCUUUCAAAA